CCCACCUCGUCCCUCUUUUCUGCUCCAUCGACACGACCAGCCGCCGGUCAACCUCCCAAUGCCAAAGAAACGAUUCACACCCCAAUACUCGAAACCUCAAAGCACUGUCCAUCCAUCUCUGCAAUCACCAGCAACAGCGUCGAGCACCAGCUCGACAAACAACAACGAUGCCGCCCCCACGGUAAAUGACCUCAUCUCCACCCUCCGAAAAUCACAAGUCAAUCCUUCAUCCGCCGCAGUGCCAUCGAUAGCAACAGGCAAGACUCUCCCCCCACAAAUCCGCCACCUCCUCUCGCAGCCCGAGACACCAGCCCCAAAACCGCGUGCACGAGACCGCAGACGAUUUGACGCGAAUGGAAAUCGGAUACCAGCGGGUCCGUCGCCGCCGAGGUCGUGGCUGCAAUCCCGGAAUGCUUCGGCGAGUAGCUUAACGGCGAGGGAAGGAGAGGGAAGGGUAUUUCCUGCCCGCAUAGAUGAUUUACCUGGGUUAGGAGAGGCCAAAGGUGGGAAAGGAAACAAAUUGCAGGAUAUGUGUCUCCGGGCUAUGGCACGAGAUUGGGAAUUUACACAGGAGUAUGAGAUAAACAACCUUGCGGAUCUGCCGGUGGCGAUUAGGAUGUUGCUGUUGAGCUACAUCGCUGCCUACGGUCCCGACGAGGGGGUGGGCUUUGAGGGGUUGAAGAGCCUCCUUUUACACCCAGCUUCAGAAUAUGAGGGUGACAAUUGGGAGGAGGUAGGGGAAGAGGGGCAGUCGCUGAAUGAGGGGUUCUUCCGUCUCGAUCUUUCUGGCGCGAUUGGGCGAUCAGUGAGCUUUAAACAGCUUAUUGAACUCAUUCAGAAGCCCCCUCCAGCACCAGAAGAUCGCUCAGAGUUCGACCUGUCGUGGGAGGAUUCUUUGACAAGGGGUUUGAGCCCACCAAUACCGCACCUAACGCACCUCUCUCUCUCGCACCCACCACACUCAAUCUCAUGGCCCCGCUUCCUCGCCUGCAGUCGGCAUAUCCCGACACUCACGCACCUUUCUCUCGCGUUCUGGCCCGUCCCCUCUUUAACGCCCAAUUCAAAAACCGCUGUUGUUACCAGCCGCUUCGGUAAAGAUAUCCAAUAUGGCGGAACAGGAUUUUACAGCCAUAACUUGGACAAUGAUUUCCGUGAGGCAAGUGAUGUCCUCAGAAGACUUGCUGGGAGACUAUAUGGAUUGGAAUAUCUAGAUCUGACGGGGUGUGCGGAGUGGCUCAGAGCACUGAGGUGGACUGGUGACGUGGGGGAAGGGGGAGGGCUUGAUUGGGGCGGGCAGUGGGUUAAGCUACACAUUUUGAAAUUGUUUUCUGGUGUGGAGUUAAGUGAGGAGAGUGAGUACGGUGAAGUGGUGGCUUUUGUGCAGGGGUAUAAGGAAGCGCUGGCGACGGAGCAAUGUUUAGGUUGGUGGAUCAGGAGGCCAAAAGGGGAAAGAAAGAGAAGCACAUGGGUUGAGGUUCUUAAAGAUGAUUUGGCACGGUAUGGUGAGUUAUGGCAAGGUGAGGGAGUGCAGGAGAGAAAGAGAAAGACGUUGGAUACGUUGAAGGAGAAGGGAGGUGAGAAUGAGGGAUGGAGAAGCCCGAUUGUUUUUGAAGAUGAGGUUGCUGAUGACGUGGUGGAGCGGAGGAGUGUCUGGGAGCAAUGACGGAGCUUAUGAAGUAAAGAAUCAUGAAUCACAACGUCUUCACUGCAUAGAUUUCAUCUACUUUCGAAGUAAACCAUCUUCCAGG